AUGGAUGCCAGUCACCCUUUGUGGGUUUCUGACUGGAAAGAAAGCAAAGGAGAGGCAACCAUCCAGAGACACUGUACCGGUAUCUCUACCAGUGCCAGCAGUGUACCUGUACCGGGACACGUGGAAGGAGAAGAUAAAGAAGUAGAUGUAGUUUUGUACUGUUCUUGGUUCUGCCCCUUUGCUCAACGAGCAUGGAUCGCCGUGGAAGAACUUGGGAUCAACUAUGAGUAUGUGGAGUGCAAUCCUUACAAAGUGGAUCCAAGGGAACCAGGUGGAUACACCAAGCAGUCCUUGUCUCUGCCUGACAAACAGAAACUCAUGCCACAAUUCAUGAAAACUUCUCCCAGAGGACUUGUACCUGCCAUAACUGACGUUCAACACAACAAGGCUGACGUUUGGGAGAGUUCUGUGGUCAUGGAAUACCUAGAUACAACCUAUGGACACAGCACCCUUUACACAAAAUCACCACACAUUCAGGCACUCCUUAGGAUCUACGUAGAUCACUGCACCGCCCGGAUUCAAAAGUCUUACUACACAUUCCUCAUGGAAACAAACCCACAAGCACAAACAACCGCUAAAAACGAAUUCUUCCAUGAAUGCAGAGUGCUUGCGUGUGCCAUGGCCCCAACCGGUACCGGUACCUCUGCCUCCGAGUCGUCAUCCAACCUAAGCACACCUACACCUGACAAAAUCCUCCAAGAGACCAUGCGCGUAUUGCAGAAGGAUACCGGGAACAAAGGCAUGCACAUCCAGCGAGUCGAUGUACAAUCGCUCUCCCAGAUAUCCCAACGGGCAUUCCAACAGGAAACAGGAAAAGAUAACCUCAUUCAACCUGGUCCCUUUUUUCUGGGACAACACUUCUCGGCAGUAGAUGUCGCGUUGGCUCCCUUUUGGCAACGCAUUCUGUGGGUUGGAGCACAUUACAGAGACCUGAAAUUGCCAAGUGAUGCAGCCUUUGAACGACUCGACACUUGGUGGCAAGCCGUAUCGCAGCGGCCCGGUGUGGCCAACACACUGGUGUGCAAGGAACGACUGGUUUCUUCGUACCGACAGUAUGCUCACAAUAUCGCCACAUCCGAUUUCGCCAAAGGAAUGCAGUCUUCCUUGCGGGGAGAAUCCACGACGACGACGACGACGACGACGACGACAACAAGGCCAAGAUCGAACAUCCCAAAAGAGGCAACGCACUGA